AUGGUCCUGGCUGGCACAGACUCUCUGUUGAGCCAGAACAUGUUCAUUUGGUGGAUAUUACUGCAAGGAUUUUGGAGUGCCUGUGGAGAACUGCCUUUCAUUGCGGACAACAACGCAGCCAUGCUUGUCAACUGGAAUGCAGUUGAUGGAAACAAGAAGCUCUAUGCCAUUUACGACACAAGCGCAAACGAGCCUGGCAAUAUGUCGUUUGUCAAAGAGACGGUGGAUAGACUGCUGAAGGGGUAUGAUAUUCGCCUUCGACCAGACUUUGGCGGUGCACCGGUUGCUGUUGGGAUGAGCAUCGAUGUGGCGAGCAUAGACAUGGUCUCCGAGGUCAACAUGGACUACACCUUGACCAUGUACUUUCAGCAGUACUGGCGGGACAAGCGUCUUGCAUACAUGGGAAUACCCCUCAACCUGACGCUUGACAACCGCGUCGCCGACCAGCUUUGGGUCCCAGACACCUACUUCCUGAAUGACAAGAAGUCGUUUGUGCACGGGGUGACGGUGAAGAACCGCAUGAUACGACUUCACCCAGACGGCACCGUGCUUUAUGGACUGAGGAUCACCACGACUGCAGCCUGCAUGAUGGACUUGAGGAGGUACCCGCUGGAUGAACAGAACUGCACACUGGAGAUCGAGAGCUAUGGUUACACCACGGACGACAUUGAGUUCUACUGGAAGGGAGGAGACAAUGCGGUGACGGGUGUGACGAGGAUCGAGCUGCCGCAGUUCUCCAUAGUGGACUACAGGCUAGUGUCCAGGAACGUCGUCUUCUCCACAGGUGCCUACCCACGACUGUCUCUGAGUUUCAAGCUGAAGAGGAACAUCGGCUACUUCAUCCUCCAGACCUACAUGCCCUCCAUCCUCAUCACCAUCCUCUCAUGGGUCUCCUUCUGGAUCAACUACGACGCCUCAGCUGCGCGAGUAGCUUUGGGGAUCACCACUGUUCUGACCAUGACCACCAUCAACACCCACCUGCGCGAGACGCUGCCCAAGAUCCCCUACGUCAAGGCCAUCGACAUGUACCUGAUGGGCUGCUUCGUCUUCGUCUUCCUCGCCCUGCUGGAGUACGCCUUCGUCAACUACAUCUUCUUUGGCCGAGGGCCGCAGAUGCAGAAGAGGCUCGCCGAGAAAGCAGAGAAGGCCACCAACGAGCGCGAGCGCAAAAACGAAGCUAACAAGUCCAGUGCAGAAGGUGAGAAACCCGCUAAAAAGCCCAGUAAGUUGCAGGGAAAGCGGAUGAGUGGACGAUUGGUCCAACAGCCCAACAUCCUGCUCACCACCCUCGAGUUCCACAACGAAGUGGCGGGCAACGAGGUCACCACCAGUCUGGCGUCACCACGGAACUCGGUCACAUUCGAGACGUCCGGCAUCCAGUAUCGGAAGACGAGCUCGGUGAGCCGGGGGGAGCGGAGCGCGCCGUCCAAACGCGGCCGACUCCGCCGACGUUCGUCCCAGCUGAGGAUCAAAAUUCCGGACCUAACGGAUGUGAACACCAUCGACCGAUGGUCACGCAUGAUAUUCCCCGGAGCUUUCUCCCUGUUCAAUCUAAUCUACUGGCUUUACUACGUCAACUAGAGAACAGAGGAACGGAGAAGCUAUACUGACGUUUACGAUUUUUUUGUUGUUGUUGUUGUCGUUGUUUAUGUUGUUGUCAUUCUUUUUGGAGAUUUCCGAUUUCUCUUUUCUCUUUUUGUUGUUGAUUUUUUUUUUUACAUUCAUUUUUUUUUCUUUUUUUUGCAACCUUCCUUGCUGGACGUGGACCAGAGGGUGUUUGAGUUCACCCUGCGAACAUUUUUUUGACAUGCAGGAGGACAUGACAUCUGGAAGACUGUUGAUACCAGGAUUUCACAACCAACUCCAAUGUACAUUUAUGUUUUUGUGCUGUUAUGUUAUAUAUGUAUGGCAAUUUAA